UCACUAUCAAAUAAAGUUGGUUUUUUUUUUUCUCUCUUCUUCUUCUGCUUCUCCUCCCCUCGAAACAAGAGUCCCGUGAAUCUCUUCUGCCUUCUCCCUCUCGGCGAAUUUGCGAUAAAGAAGAUAACUUUGACGGAGCAGAGCUGAAUUCCGCUCGCGGGCUUCUCUGGGUUUUCCUCUCUCGAUCUGUAUUGGGGAAGUUCUGGUGAUUCAUCCAUACUGCAACAUUGAUUUUGAGGUGGCCGGAGGGUGCUCAAAGAAAAGAUGUUUCGAGUUCUGGCUGAAGUAUACCAAGACAGUAUGAAAUCCGGCGGCCAAGAUGUGCUGAGUGCAAUAAUCCCCUUAAUGAAACUUCUGUCCCUCACGGUUAUAGGACUGAUUCUUGCACAUCCAAAAAAGCAAAUUAUUCCAAGGGCAACGUUUAAGCUUCUCAGCAAACUUGUAUUUGCUCUUUUCUUGCCAUGCCUUAUCUUCACCGAACUGGGUGAAAGCAUGACACUUGAGAAUAUUAUGCAAUGGUGGUUCAUCCCUGUUAAUGUGUUGGUGACUACCAUUGUUGGUUGCAUUCUGGGUUACAUAGUGGUCAUUAUAUGUCGACCUCCCCCACAGCUCAAUAGAUUCACCAUAAUCAUGACUGCUUUUGGGAAUACGGGAAAUCUACCUCUUGCUGUGGUUGGAUCUGUCUGUCAUACUAAAGACAACCCUUUUGGAGCUCAUUGCCACUCAAGGGGGGUAGCUUAUGUCUCAUUUGCUCAGUGGGUUGCAGUUAUCCUUGUUUAUACUCUUGUUUACCACAUGAUGGAGCCUCCAAUGGAGUUCUAUGAGAUUGUUGAGGAAGAGACAGAGAUUGAGGAACAGCCACCUGUUAAUGACGCCAGCAGGCCUCUGCUCGUGGACGCUGAAUGGCCGGGCAUCGAGGAUAAGGAAACUGAGCAUUCAAAGACACCCUUCAUUGCUAGGAUUUUCGACAGCAUAUCUAGUGUCUCACAGGGCACUCUUUCUGAUAUUGAUCUCAGUGGCGAAACUGGUGGUAAUAGUAGUCCCAGGUCAAUCAGGUGUUUGGUUGAGCCAAAAAUGGUCAGGAGGAUCAGAAUUGUCGCAGAACAGACACCAAUACAGCACAUACUACAACCCCCAACUAUCGCUUCACUAUUGGCAAUUAUUGUUGGGACGGUGCCUCAGAUAAAAGCUUUUGUCUUUGGAUACGAUGCUCCUUUAUCUUUUGUCACUGACAGCUUAGAGAUUUUAGCGGGGGCAAUGGUGCCAUCAGUGAUGCUUAUUCUGGGUGGUAUGCUUGCGGAGGGUCCAAAUGAUUCUACUCUUGGUCUCCGAACUACCAUCGGUAUAUCUGUCGCGAGGCUCUUGGUGCUUCCAGUCAUGGGGAUAGGUAUUGUGACGUUGGCUGAUAAGCUAAAUCUACUUGUCCAUGGAGAUGCAAUGUAUAAGUUCGUUCUCUUGUUGCAAUACACGACUCCAAGUGCCAUUCUUUUGGGAGCAAUAGCCAGCUUGAGAGGUUAUGCAGUUCAAGAGGCUUCAGCGCUUCUGUUUUGGCAGCAUGUGUUUGCUCUAUUUUCCCUUUCUCUGUAUAUUGUCAUCUACUUUAGGCUUCUUUCAUACAUAUGAAUCAGGCAACCGUAGGUCCAUCUGGUUAAUGAUCAGUAUUUGUGUCACAUUUUGUAAUUAGAUAUGUAGUCUGUGCUCAAUUAAUGCUGUUAAGUGAUGAUGCAGGUGACAAUAUUCUUAUUAGCAUUCUAAUGAAGUAAGGUUGUUAUCUUAUAUAA